UUCAAAUUUUCGUUUUCGUUUCUCUUUCACCACUUGCGGUGGCGGACGAAGAAGCCUUAAUCGAAGACUGAAUCGCGGGAAACCCUUUCAAUUCACUGAUAUCGAUCGACGGCAGUGAGUAGCGAUUCAAAUUCUCUCCAGUUUUGAUCAACAUUCAUCAAAUGGAAGUCAAAGGGAUUGAAGUUGGGAGAAAACGCAUGAAAUCAGCUGUAUGUGUGUCAAUAUGCUUUCUGCUAUCAAUGCAUAUACUCAAAUACUUUUUUUCAAAAAAGGGUGUCCCUGGGCCACAAGGCUCCCGACUUUGCAAGGGGAGGGACAGGGUUGUCACCAUGUACGCAGAGCAACCUUACCCCUAUUUUCAUGCAGAGAUAGAAGAGAAGGAUGGGGAGGUGGGAGAUGGACCACUUGUACAGAUGGUGGAAGAAGAAAAUGAGAUGAACAUUGCAGGAUCUGAAGAAAUGAAACACAGCAUCACUCGCAUUCAUGAAAGGAUCGAGCACUUCACUCAGCUGGUAUCUGAACUUUUGGAAUCAGGGAAGGCAAUCCUCAAGGAACUUACUGAUGAAUUUGAAGAACGGUUAAUCGCAAUUCACAAGGCACAGGUGGAAAAAUGGCAGGAAGAGAUCAGGGAGCUGCAGUUGCUUGACGGCUCAAAUGAGGAGGUUAAUGCUCUUUUGGACAAUGCACGAUAUCUAAUUCAGAACAUCCAAGUUGACUCUUGAAGUUUAUGACAUGGAGAAACCGAUUGAUACCACUAUAUGAAGUUUUCCAAGACUGUUGGAGAGAGGAUUUUCUAAAGUUCAAUGUUGAAUUGUUGAGCCCUAUCUCAAUAAUGACGGCUUCUGGCUGAAAGUUGCAAUAGUAACUGUUCUGGUUCAAAGCAUUUGCUGACUCAGAAUUGUUCCUAUCUCAAAUGUUAUUACUUGGAGAAAGAAAUGAACAGUUUGUACUUGAAAUCUAAAUGGGCGUCCAAUUUAAUGCUGGUUUAUUGCAGUGUUCUGAUGUGAACAAAA